AUGCUGCUGCACUCGGUCGGCGCGGCGUCUGCCCCCAGCGGCAGACGCCGCUCUGGCAAGGGCGCAAAGGGGGCAAGGGAGCGGGUGGAACUAGAGGGGGCGGUGGAGGAGGCGGGGGGGGUGGCGGGGGGAGUAGGGGGUGGCGGUGGGGUGGUGGCGGGAGUGGAGGUACUGUGGCGGCGUGGAGGCGGAGGAUGGGGUGGCGGCGGAGGUGGUAGCGGAGGAGGCGGUGGGAGCGGUGGGAGCGACGGUCCUGGUGGGGGAGGUGGCGGUGGAGACGAGGGUGGCG